GGGCAGGCAGAGACACAGGGAACAGCUCUCCCACUCUGGUCCGGGUCAAACACAGGCCGAAGUCAGGCAGGAUGUGGACGUCAGCUCUUCAGUUGGUUUUCAUUGGUUUUUACCUUCAGGUACCCACAUGCUACCCAUCAUGCACUUUUCACGGCCUUGUGGCGGAUUGCCCCUCGAGAAAUCACUACUGGGUUCCGACUCUGCCUCCCAACAUCACCCACCUCUACCUGCAGAUGAACUUCAUCAGUGAGAUCAACAGCAGUUCGCUCAGAAACUAUGACCAUCUUCAACAAUUAGAUCUUGGGAUGCAGAAAGUGCCGCUCGUCUUAAGGAACAACGCUUUCCUUAGGCAGAGAAAAUUGACAACACUGGUCCUAGGCUCCAAUAUUGGCCUUCAGAUGGAGCCAAGGGCAUUUGCAGGACUGUUUAAUUUACAACACCUCUUUUUGGACUAUUGCAAUUUGCCGGACUCCAUACUAGCAGAACGCUACCUUGAGCCCCUUUUGUCCUUAGAAACUCUUGAUCUCUCCCUUAAUAAAAUAGUGAGACUCAGACCAGGACUGUACUUUUCAAAACUUACAAAGUUCACACAGCUUAACCUCAAAUUGAACCCGAUUGAAACAUUAUGUGAAGAUGAUCUAGUUGGUUUCCGGGGAAAAUACUUCAAACUCCUGAAUUUGAAAUCUAAUAAAUUUUAUAGGGGUUAUAGUGAAGAUUUUGACUGGAAGAAAUGCGGGAACCCUUUCACAGGGAUGGCCUUUGAAGUCCUUGACUUAUCCAGCAGUGGGUUCAACACGAAAACAUCAACACACUUUUUCAAAGCAAUAGAGGGUACUCCAAUUACUCAUCUUAUAUUCUCUGGACACCUUGGCAGAGGCUUCUCGUUUUCCAACAUUCCUGAUCCAGAUGAAAGCACAUUUGAAGGCCUCAUGAACAGCUCUGUCAAUAUUCUAGAUCUGUCUAAAAGCCGUAUAUUUGCUUUGCAGAAGGCAGUUUUGAGUCCCCUAAGGAAUGCAAUAAUUAUUGACAUUUCCCUGAACAGAAUCAAUCAGAUUGACCAAAAUGCCUUCAAUGGUCUUCAAGGACAUUUAAGGAUGCUUAACCUGUCAUACAACCUCCUAGGAGAAGUAUAUUCUUACACAUUUACCAAUCUCAAUGACCUCCGGGUGUUGGAUUUGUCUUACAACCACAUUGGUGCAUUGGCACCCAAAGCCUUCAGUGGUUUUCCAAAGUUACGAGCGUUAUAUCUGACAGGAAAUUCCCUCAGAGUCCUUGGCUCUCCUGCCGCAUUACCAAACUUAGAUUAUCUUCUUUUGGGUGACAAUAAGCUUAAAUCUCUGUAUGGAAUCAGCGAAUUUGGCAGCAACAGUAUCCAUUUGGAUAUAACAAACAACAGAUUAACAAGUUUAGAGGAUGUUUAUGUCAUUUUAACUUCUUUCAAUCGUCUCCAAAAUUUCUUCUAUGGUGGCAACAUCAUCAAGUGGUGCACAAUGAGUCUGAAUGUGCCUCAUAUUCGUUUGGAAGUGCUGGAUCUUCAUGACAGUUCCUUGAAUGUCUUUUGGGCGCGGGGGGAGUGCCUCGACCUGUUUGAUCAUUUAGACAAUCUGCUCGGUCUAAAUAUAAGCUAUAACUCCAUUGCGACUUUCCCAAAAGGGAUUUUUAGCGGUUUAAGCUCAAUCUAUGAGAUGGACGUAUCAUCUAAUGCCUUAACGUAUCUGCAGCAGGAUCUCUUUCCGACCACCCUGAAAAGACUGGACCUUUCGGACAACUUUUUAGCCUCCCCGGACCCUGUGACUUUUCUGUCUCUCAGCUUCCUCAGUUUGGCUGCAAAUCGGUUCUACUGCGAUUGCAAUCUAGAGAGCUUCCUGAAGUGGCUGAACGUGACGAAUGUAACCUUCGCAAGCCCGACUGAGGAGUACAGAUGUGAGUUCCCAGCCGCUCUUCGAAAUCUCCCUCUGGGGAAUUUCUCCAGGGUCAUCGAACCGUGUGAGGAAGACGAUCCAAAGGCCAUCCAAAAUCUUCAGUUGGCACUGUUCAUCUUCAACGCUGUCCUCGUCAUCACUGUCAUCCUCAGCGGGUUUAUUUACGCCCGUCUCCGAGGACACAUAUUCAUCAUCUACAAAACCAUCGUUGGUAGGGUUCUCGAGGGCCCAAAACCGAACCUUCCUGUGGACGAAGUGCAGUACGAUGCCUUCCUCAGCUUUAGUGAAAAUGACUAUGGGUGGGUGGAAGCAGCUUUGCUGAAAAAGCUGGAUAACCAGUUUUCCGAGGAGAACCUCUUCCGCUGUUGUUUCGAGGCCAGAGACUUCCUGCCUGGUGAGGAUCACCUGACCAACAUCAGGGACGCAAUCUGGAGCAGCAGGAAGACUGUGUGCGUGGUCUCCAAAGAGUUCCUUAAAGAUGGUUGGUGCUUGGAAGCGUUUACUUUGGCUCAGAGCCGGAUGCUGGAGGAGCUGACAAACGUCCUGGUUAUGGUGGUGGUAGGCAAGAUGGCUCACUACCAGCUGAUGAAGUACCACGCAGUCAGAGCUUUCGUCCAGAGGAGGGAGUACCUGACCUGGCCGGAGGACCCUCAGGACCUGGAGUGGUUUUAUGAGCGGCUCGUCUCAAAGAUUCUCAAAGACACAAAGGUGAAGAAGUUUGCAGAGGACCAACCUGAGCCUGCACAGCCUGACGCCCAACCGCAGGAGCAGGAGGGAAUCCAGCUGGAGAACAUCGGACCAAUCCCAUGUCAACUCUGAUUGUUAAAAAGAUCGUACUUUAACCAAGAAAACCUGAUGGUACCAACAUCCCCCCUGCUGAAGUGUCUCCAGAAAGCAAGCACACAGGCUUCUUUGCACUUUAAAUGGUCUUUUCUGAUUUUCAAGAAAUAAAAGGAAAUGGGUAUACCAACUUUAGACAAAUUAAAGGCCUCCUUAAAAGGCCCUUUGUAUUUCAGUUUCACAUAACUAAAUCCAGAACCCUCUGUUGUCUUUUAGUUUUCAUGUAUUUAGCAAAUAUGUGACAUGGCAUGAAAUCUAUUUAAAAAUCCUUUUUCUAUUUAUUUACAUUUUUUUGUAAUUGCCCCUUUCGCAGUAUUCCAUGACCCAAUGACUACAGUAACAUAAAUAAUGUUAAUUGUUAAUGCUGAAGAGAGAAAGUGUGUUUUAAUCUCUGCAGGUGGUGAGAACUGCAGCUGAAGGCAGACCUGAACUUAGGUGUAUUCAGGGAAGUGUGUACAGAAUAAUAACUCCCGUAAUUUGUUAUUUCUAUUAAUACUGUAAAAACACGUUUAAUCAAAUUUGAUUUCAUUUUUUAUUUGUAUAUCUUAUAUUAAUUUUUUCCUAUGUAUAUUCCGUGUGUGAAAUAUGUGUUUCUUCUUAUUCUGUCGCUGCCUUUACACGUGAAUUUCCCCCAGCGGAUUAAUGAAGGUCCAUCUUAUCUUAUCUUGAUAACAUUAUAUCACUUUGUAUGUAAAGUCAUUUUUUUAAUAAACUGAAGAAGCUUCAUUUUCCAGCA